AUGGCAUACAACGACGACGCUGCCAGUGACAUACCUUCGCAGCGACUUCCCGAUGAGGAAAUUCAAAAGCCACACGAAACGAUCGCCGAAAACGAUCUUGUCAUGCGGACCGUCUUCGGCUUCGUCGAGAGGCCCAAGGACUUGGUGAACUGCAUGACGGCUUCCAAAGGGUUCUUCGAGAUCGUUGUUCCUUAUCUUUAUCGAUGUUGUAUCGAGUAUACAUUGGAAGAUUUGAAGAGCAAUAAAUGCGAUCUUGAGCGUCUCAAGAUUUACAAGGGCCAUGUCCGAGAACUUACCGUCGAGGAGUACUCUGUUACACAAGUGACUAUAUCGGCCAAGAUUCAGCAAUACAAAACCCUUGAAAAGAUCGUGAUCUGGCCGGAGUAUCGACGUUGUUCUUGGGGCGGAAUCAACUUGACGGAGGCCUAUCUUCUCGGUGGGCGGCGGAUCCUCAUGAAGACGCGGGUUUCGCGUACAGAUCUAGAUUUGAGUAAUGGGGUCGGAAAGGUUAUUACUGGGGAGGACGUAGAGUGGUUGGGUAUCUGCGGUAUAGAGGCCACCGCACGGAUAGAGUCGGAUACAAGCGAGGCGAUUCUCCGACAGACCUAUUCGACUCUGAGCAGUGGAGCAGCUUCGUCACUUCAAGGACUUCAGAACCUGAGUGUUCUCGGCAGUGACAUGUCGUUGGCAGCCCUUGAAACUACCUUGAGAGGUUGUCCAAGCUUGAAGUCGCUCGCUUGCACGUUCGAUAUUGAGGCCAAAUCCACCUUGAGCGACCUAGGCGAGCUGUUGAGAAUCCAUGGUAGCGGACUUCAUCAUCUACAUGCGGAUACUACAGGACGCGACAUACUCGCUGUUCUCCCUCACCUUCUUAUUUGCCACGCCUUGACACUCGAAGGCUGGACUAAAUGGGAGACUUUGCGGGACGGCGAUGCCCCAUCACCGACUGUCUCGCCUACCCGUGAACUCAUACUCGUACCGCGCUCGUCGUCCGUAGAGAAUGGCCUCCUGCCGAAUCCGUAUAACUGGUCUCAACGAGUCAUAGGGAUUGUUCCCAGGUCUUGUAAGAUAUACCUCGAUGAGACCAAUCUCAGGUUCCGAGAAUCGACCUGGUGCAAAGUCGUCUCCGACUGUCUCAGACCUUCGCGUGAACCGGAUAGUCGAAAGAAGACCGACCGGCCGGGGUGGACCAAGCGUGAUCGCGGCACUCAUCCGCUGUGA